AUGUCUGAGCACGGACAAAAACGGAAAUUGGAACUGCACACUUUAGAUAUUAAGUACCGGGCGGUAAAGGCUGUGGAAGGAGGUACUGCGCGGUCUACGGUCCAGGAACAGUUCAAUGUCAAGCGCAACACUCUGAGCGGCUGGAUCAAACAUGCCACCAAAAUUAAAGAGCAAUACGAGUCUGGAAGUGCCAACUUCAACAGUAAGAAAAUGAAGCUGCCAAAAAACCCUGACGUGGAGAAAGCCCUGUACUUAUGGUACUGCGACGUCCGUAAGAAACAUCCGACCUUUCCCAUUCGACGGGACUUGCUUUCGCAGAAAGCGGAACAGUUCGCCAGAGACCUCGGAGUUGGCAACUUCAUUCCCUCCAAUGGCUGGUUUACUCGGUUUAAGCAACGCUACAACUUGACGUACAAGCGUGUGUGCGGUGAAGGGAAAGACAACGGUUUGUCCCAACCGGGUGAGUGGAAAGAGCGUCUUGCCAAAAUCUUGUCGGAUUAUCAGCCCAGAGACAUCUACAACGCAGACGAAACGGCUCUCUUUUUAAAAUGCACACCAGAUUACACGAACACAACCAACGGCGAAUCAGGAGUUGAGGGCAAACAACCUAAAGAUCGCGUCACGCUCAUGGUGACUGCAAACAUGGACGGCAGUGAUAAAGUCCCUUUGUUUCUCAUUGGGAAGUUCAACAAGCCAUUUUGUCUGAAACACGUUGAGCGUUUACCGCUGAAAUAUAAUCACAGUAAAAAAGCCUGGAUGACUCCCGCUUUGUUCACCACAUGGAUUCAGCAGUUGGAUCGCCAGAUGGUCAUUCAGCAGCGCAAAAUUGUUUUAAUUGUUGAUAACUGCUCGGCCCAUCCACACGUGGAAGGUCUGCAAGCGAUAAAACUGGUCUUCCUCCCCCCAAACUACACGUCAGCCACCCAACCCAUGAACCGGGGGAUCAUCCGUACACUGAAAUUCCACUACAGAAAAAUGCUCACCAAGAAAAAGCUGUCAUUUCUUGAAGCCAAUGGAACAUUCAGGGAAGAUCUGCUAGGGGCCAUGUACUCAUUGAGGAAAGCUUGGGAUGCCGUAAAACCAGAAACGAUUCGUAGUUGUUUCUUCCGAGCCUUCACCGCUGACGGCAAAGAUGACGUGAAAGUUUUCGAGGGCUUCCAGCCUGACGACAUCAUGGAAGAUGACGAAGACGACAAGCCCUUUUAUUCUGCCAUUGGACUGGACCGGGAAGGCUUCAAAGACAGAUGUAACCCUCAGGAAGAGGAUUUGGAAUGUUCAGCACCCUGCACCGACAAAGACAUUUUACAGUCCGUCGCGAGCAAGUCGGAUGAUACCGUUGAUGCUGGGAAUGAAGAGGAUGUACCCCCCACCAACUCGCCACCACCGACCAUGAAAGAUGCGCUACAAGCUGCAGAAGUACUCCGAACAUUUGCCAUGAUAAGCGGCGAUGAAGAACUGUUGAGAAACAUUGAAGAUGUCAGUGCCCGAGCUCGCCCUCCUUAUCAGGUGGACGCUCUGCUGGGAGUUGGCCACUGCAGCCUCAGUCCACCUGGGAAACACCUUCCUUCUUUCUGCUAG